GAGCCGGGGGCGUCGCGCGCCGACGGGGACGCCGCGAGGCUCGCGUCGCUGGCCUUCCUGCGGCAGUACGUGCCCCGCGAGGUGCUGGAAGAGGAGGCGCUGCCGCGCCUGCUGCCGGGGCCGGGCGGCGCGGUGCGCGUGCUGAGCGCGGCGCUGGCGCCGCGGGGCGAGGAGCCGGCGCUGCCGGCGCCACCGAAGCCGCGCCCCAGCCUGGACGAGCUGCUGGCGGACGCCGACUUCUGCCCGAGCGCCCGCCCGUGGGCGGGGGCGGACGUGGAGAGCGACCCGCUCGCGCAGCACGAGCUCACGUCCGUGUUUCUGGUCAACGAGGCCGCGGGGUGCGCCUUGGCCUUCCACUGCCUGCAGGCCGUCGAUCCCUGCGCGGCGUGA